UCCAACAUGGCUGAGGAGCGAGUCGGGUGUGGUUGAGCUCUUCUUCGAAAGACCAGCUCGACGUUUCCAAGCGGACGAUUCUCUCCAAGGAGACAGGUCUUCAUGGCUUGUGCUACUCUAUCAAAUCUUUCUACUAAAGAAGCUUCUAAUUUCAUCCAGCUGUGUCGCCUUCUUGUUGAUGUUGGAUCACGUGUGUUAAGGGAGAUCUUUGACAGUAAAUGUCUUCCAGGAAACCUUCACACAGUUCUGGCUGAUCCUCAAAACAAAGAAAAAUUACUAUCACUGAGAAAGAAGAGAGUCCUGAGUCCCUCACAGUGGUUCAAACUGUAUCCUACUUGCCAAUCUCGAGUUUCCUCAAGGGAAUUAAAAAUAUCCCUACUACUUCUCCUGUGGAGGAAUAUCUUUGGUUUGACUUUCCCUACCAGUAGCAGCGAUAAGUUUCCUCCUGUAACAGACACCUCUCCAGAAGCUGACAUCACUCGAAUCAAGGUCUUAAGAGACGGAGUUUACAGUCACGCUUCCAGUGGUUCGGUUGAUGAUUCAACUUUCAGUUCUUACUGGAAUGACAUCAAAGACAUCUUUUUGCGCCUUGGAGGGACCCACUAUCAGUAUUACAUUGAUGAUAUCAAACUUAAUUGUGUGGAUGCCGAUCUUGAAGAAUAUUAUCAAGAGCUUCUGAGUAAGUGGUUCAAGGAUGAAGACUGCAUUGCAGACAAAUCAAGUGAAGAAACAAUUUUGAAAAAGACCAUUUCUGACAACAAUUCAUGGGAGACAGAGACAGAAGUGAUGCUAGCCCAAAAUGAAUCAGCACAGAGUGAUAAUGCCAGCCCACCAAAGCUUAGUAAGAAAAUUCCAUCAAUGAGUGAUCUUCCACAUAUUUAUUAUCCUUGGAAGAAUGUUGAACUGCCAGUUGAUAUUCUGUUAUUAACAGUGGAGGACUGUGAGUUCAGAAGCUGCUUUGCCUUUCUGAAGGAACCCUUUAAGAGUUACCACAACAGUAUUGGCUAUGUGUUCUUUGGCUGCAUGGGUGAUGAUCAAGGAAGAAAAGUGAAAAUUGCUUUAAUGAGGUGCUCCAAAGGUCCUGAUGUUCCCAGGGGUUCAUUGUCUGUGUCCAAAGAUGCCAUCUCGCUACUGAGACCCAAGGCUACUUUUUCUGUGGGUGCAUGCAGUGGUUUGAACAGCAGAAAGGUCAAGUUAGGAGAUGUGGUUGUUUGUGCAAAGCUAAUAACAGCUGCACACCAAACUCCCCCCAGCAGUGAUAUUGGUAACCUGAUCAGACAUGUGGCUGAUGGGUGGAAGGCACCUUUACAAAAUGCUGAUGAAUAUAAUAUCAAAGUGCACUGUGAUGGAGUGGUUCUGAGUAUCUCAGAGGCAAACAAGGACAUGAUUGGCCAAUAUCCUAAAGCAAUUGCAGUUGAAAUGGAAGGUGGAGGUGUAUUUGCUGCUGCCCAUGAUUUUAAGACAGAAUGGGCAGUAGUCAAGGGCAUCAAAGACUUUGCAAAUGAAACUUCAAGUGAGGAAUGGGAACAAAUUGCAUGUGUGAUGGCGGCAUCUGUUGUGGCCAACAUUUUGAGUGAUCCAGUCAUAUUCCAAGACUGGCCUCACUUUCAUGCAGGUACCAAUGAAUUACCCUCUGAAGGUAAGUUCGACAUGUUCUGA